CAGGCCUCCCUAUUAAGCCUGUUUUACUUAUUGAAGCUCUUAACUAUUCAAGGGAGUGAAACUGCUCUACAACCAAGUACAGAGAAAAUGUCAGCAUCCAACUCACAGAAGCACUUUGUUCUAGUCCAUGGUGCAGGCCAUGGAGCUUGGUGUUGGUACAAAAUCAAGCCGAGGCUGGAGUCCGCUGGUCACAAGGUCACGGCCCUCGAUAAUGCAGCUUCAGGCAUCGACACCAAGUCCCUAGAAGAUGUUCAUUCACUAGAAGAGUACUCUGAGCCUUUGCUUCAGUUUAUCGGAUCACUUGGUCCACAAGAAAAGGUGAUCCUUGUAGGUCACAGCCUUGGGGGCAUGAACUUGUCUGUUGCCAUGGAGAAGUUCCCUGAGAAAAUUUCUGCCGCUGUCUUCCUGGCUGCUUUUCUGCCAGAUACCACACACCACCCAUGGUAUAUUGUAGAUCAGUUCAUGCAAAAAUUACCAUUAGACAGAUGGUUGGACACCCAGUUUGGACAGUUUGGAGAAGAACCCUUUGCUUCAUUUCAUUUUGGUCCCAAGUUCUUGGCAACAAGUCUCUAUCAACUCAGCCCCAUUGAGGAUAUUGAACUCGCCAAGAGUCUAGUAAGGAAGAGUUCCUUCUUUCGUGAACAAGUGUGUAAGAUGAAGAACCUCUCAAAUGAGGGUUAUGGAUCGGUUACAAGAGUUUAUGCAGUUUGUGAGAAGGACAUGGUAAUAACCAAGGAAUUUCAGCAUUGGAUGAUUCAAAAUAGUGGGGUUAAAGAUGUGGUGGAGAUCAAGGGAGCUGAUCAUAUGCCAAUGUUUUCAAAGCCACAAGAACUUUCCAAUUCUCUUCUAGAGAUAGCACAUAAGUACACUUAAAAUGUCAGUGAGCUACAAUUAUGCUAAUUGCUAGAACAAUAAAUUGCAGCCUAGAAAGUUCUAGUUUGCUCUUUCUUUUGUUAAUAUGAACAAUGUGAGUGCUUGUAUUUGUAUAAACAUCUAUUGCGACUUCAUUUCAAUUUCGAAGUUUUCAAUUUAUGUCAAAA